AUGGGCAUUCGAGGCUUCGAUGUCUAUCUCAAGGAGAGAAAGUUCCUACAGAGCUGCCCCAUCUCCCACCUCGCCAACACCCGAAUCGGCAUUGAUGCCUCCUACUAUAUCAACCACCUCCUGACCGACCCCGCUACUCGAGAACCUCUCGUCGCUGCCACAGGUGGUAUACCUCAUUCGAUCAUCCAAAAGAUUGAAAGUGAUCUUCGCGCUCUCGAGCAUCGAUCCAUCAAACCUGUCUUCGUCUUUGCGGGUCUUCCAUUGGCCGCCAAGGAACCGGUCAAGUUACCCGACCAGAAGGCCGAGAGGGAGAAUGUGGCAAAGAAUGAAGCAUGGUCUCUGUACGACCAAGGGGAACCUCUCCUCGCUGUUGACAAGCUCAACUCAUUCAAUGGAGGAAAUUAUGUCGAUCAGAGAGAUCAGUUAAGGUCAAUCUUGCGGCUGUUUAGACAUCGCUUCGUGGAGUAUGUGAUUGCGCCUUAUUCAAGCCACGCACAGCUUGCAUACCUUUUGCAACACCCCAAAGGGUAUAUCCACGCCAUCUAUUCCUCCAGCGAGUGCCUCAUGUGGCCAGUCGAGCGAGUGAUAACGUCCAGCGACUGGUCAACAAGCUUCCAAUUUGCCGACAAGGUGCGAAUACUCAACGACAUGAACUUGUCCAGCGAGCAAUUCCUCGACAUGGGCCUUCUUUGCGGCUCAACCUUGUUGCGCACCAUGCCUCUCCCCACUCCCGAAUUCUCCUUGAAGAUGAUUAGCGACUUUGUCCGUCACCACAAAUCCGGGCUGGCCGUUUGUCAGAACCUCCCUCAUAUCCCAUAUAAGACCCAAACAUAUACCGAGUCCUUCUGGAAGGCACGCCUGGCAAUCAAGUUUUCGCUCGUGUUGACGACCGAGGGACAAUGUGUACCUUUGCCUACCGUGAUAGCUCCUCAGCAACAGGCCUUCACCGUACAGGAUGUCCCCGCCGACCUUGAAGAUAUAUUCUCUCCAAAGCUCCCCGACGAGAUCUAUUUCUACAUUUGUCGUGGUAUCAUCUCAACCCAAGUUGUCGGCUGGGUAUCGAGCGGUACUAUCGUCGAGCAGCAACCUCUUCUAGAGACCAACGAGUACAGGCGCUUCAUCAAGGACGUCAUCACCGAAGGGCCCACCUCACCUCGAUGCACAACUAUCGCUUUGAUUUUGGACUGCAUGCACCGGGAGUGGUCAAACAAGCGCAUCAACGUCCAAUACUGGUUUGACCCGUAUGUCACAGGAAACAAUCGCGGCAACAAUCAAGUCCCGUACUCGGAUCCCCUCACGCAAUCGUUGAUCGCCAGGUGCCAAGACUGGAUGGUUCCCAUGUUCAAUUUGGAAAUGGAGCUGAGGCGACAAAAUUCAUCUACCAUCGACUUGAAACUCUGCCUUGGUGCUUUGGCCACUGAGGAUCUGGUCAACAAGACUUUCAAGCCCAAAGGUGAUCGGACACUGGACAAAAAGGAUGAAGUAGUCGCCAACUCUGUCUGGAGAUUCUUGGAGGUUCGAGGUUUCGUUCAGCAGAACCACACGCACUCUUCCAUCGGCAAAGCCUUGCACGCUGCCUACGAUAAAUCAAAGAUCAACGACCGUUUCCAAGAGCCUCUCUAUCUAAUCCUCGAGCUUCUACGAUCAGGUGUUGUCCAUGGCGAGAAGUGGGGAGGCCCGUCCGCUGCGCCUCUUCCUGGCGGGCCCAGCUUUGGUGAGAACGACGAACAGAAUACCGUCAGGCUUGUCAUGAGAUGCAUCAGCGUCCUGCCUUUGACCAACAGGCCUCAACAAUGGGUGGGACCACUGUCGCAAGAGUUGUUGGCUUUCAAUUCUUUUGUCAAGGCGCUGUCAAAGUCUCUUCGUCAGCUCUUCGAGUCUGUCAGCUGUCAUCUUCUCCUCUCGGGGGAUGGCAGGCGCAACCGGGAUGACUUUAACGACAUUAUGAUCAGCCUUCCUUUCCAGACUGAUGUAAACACUGGGUUCGGUAUCCUGGCCAAGAGCUACCUUGAUGCCACGGCUUACCACAACGACGGAGAGUUUGUUACAGAGGCAACUGCUGCGUCGGAAAAGUCCAAGACUGCCAAGCGCGAAGCCAUCGCCUUUGUGGAAGCCAACUUUUCUAGCGUCAGGAAUCCUGUCCAAGAGCUUGACCGUGGAUUCCGCUUCUGGGACACGGUCAUGGUUGCCAUUCGCACUCUUGCGCAGGCUCAAGGCCCCACCCCUACCCUGGCUCAGACGGUGGUUGGGAAGGAUGUCAUUGAACAAUUCGAGAGAGCAGACAGAUGGCUGAAGCCUAUGCGACCGUAG